AUGGCCGCAAGUCUGAUAGUGUCCUGUCCCGUCCAUGUGUCGUUCGGGAACACCUCCUCCAGCCAGUCCGUUGCCGACACGCUAUAUGCACAAGGCGGCAUCAUGGGUGGUAUCACCGCCCGCACCGCGUCGACAACCUCCAGCAGCAGCCGGAUCCUGUUCUCAAAGCUCCCUCCAUACUCGUCCGUGCGCUGA